AGCAGGCUUCCUCGUGGCGACUUUAGGAACGCACGGUCGGUUACCGUCAAAAUUUCGGCAUCACAUUGAGAUGCUGCCGAUAGUGGAGUUUCAGUAAAAAAGAAAAGCGCUGAGAUCUUGGUUCGUACAACUUUUCACGGAUUCGGUGCUGCAUAUUGUGCCACCGGGAUCCGUUUGUUUUUCCUUUCUUUUUUUCGUUGCGUUACAAAUACGCGCUCUAAACCAUCGGAGCAUACCGGAGUUGAACUGACCGUCGUCGAACCGGCUGUGAAAAAGCUCCGCAAUCAUGGCUAGUGUCUCCUAUCAAAUAGCGAAUCUGCUGGAGAAGAUGACGUCCAGCGAUAAGGAUUUCAGAUUUAUGGCUACUAAUGAUUUAAUGAGUGAACUACAAAAAGACAGCAUCAAAUUAGAUGAUGAUUCCGAGCGGAAAGUUGUAAAAAUGCUUCUUAAAUUAUUGGAGGAUAAAAAUGGAGAAGUACAGAAUCUUGCCGUCAAAUGUUUGGGCCCAUUAGUUAACAAAGUAAAGGAUUACCAAGUGGAAACUAUCGUGGAUGCUCUGUGUACCAACAUGGUAUCGGACAAGGAGCAGCUUCGCGAUAUUUCUAGCAUCGGCUUAAAGACUGUUAUUUCCGAGCUUCCCCUGGGUUGUAGUGCAUUAGUGGCAAAUGUUUGUAGACGUAUUACAGGAAAAUUAAGCAGUGCUAUUGAAAAGCAAGAGGAUGUGUCUGUACAGCUCGAAGCUCUCGAUAUUGUUGCUGAUUUACUAUCUCGAUUUGGCACUCUGCUCGUUACAUUUCACUCUACAAUUCUAGCUGCACUAUUGCCACAGCUUUCCUCGCCGCGGCAAGCUGUUCGCAAGCGCACUAUUGUAGCAUUGAGCCAUUUGUUGACAUCUAGCAAUAAUUAUUUAUAUAACAAAUUGCUUGACCAUCUUCUCGAGGGCCUUCAAACUCAAACGGCAAAGAAUGUUAUACGUACCUAUAUUCAAUGCAUCGCCUCUAUCUGUCGACAAGCAGGUCAUAGAUUCGGUGAACAAAUAGAACGUGUUAUGCCACUGAUCGUACAGUACAGUAACGAAGAUGAUGAUGAAUUGAGGGAAUAUUGUCUGCAAGCAUUUGAGUCUUUUGUUUAUAGAUGUCCAAAAGAAAUCACACCUCACAUAAAUAAAAUCAUAGAGAUUUGUUUAGUAUAUAUUACAUACGAUCCAAAUUACAAUUAUGACGACGAUAUCAACGAUUAUUCUGAUGGAGAGGGUGCUGCGAUGGAAGUAGAAGAAGACGGAGAGGAAGAUGCGGAAGAUGAAUAUUCUGACGACGAUGACAUGAGCUGGAAAGUACGUAGAGCGGCUGCCAAGUGUUUGGAAGCUGUUGUAUCUAGUAGAAGAGAGUUGCUAUCAGAACUUUACAAAGGGGUUUCGCCUGCGUUAAUCGCUAGGUUUAAAGAACGAGAAGAGAAUGUUAAAUCCGAUAUCUUUCACGCAUAUAUCGCUUUAUUGAGGCAAACCAGGCCAGCCACUGGAGUAUCGCUCGAUCCUGAUGCGAUGGAAGAUGACGAUGGACCGGUAUCAUUAUUGCAGCAACAAGUACCGCUAAUAAUAAAAGCAGUUCAUCGCCAAAUGAAGGAAAAGAGCAUUAAAACGAGACAAGAUUGCUUCUCUCUGCUAAAAGAACUGGUUCUCGUUUUACCCGGUGCUUUGACUAAUCACAUCCCGGCAUUAAUCCCUGGCAUACAAUACUCUCUGGGAGACAAGAACUCUUCUUCCAACAUGAAGAUCGAUACUUUAGCAUUUGUGCACACGUUAUUGGUGACGCAUCAACCCGAAGCAUUCCAUGUUCACAUGCCGGUUUUGGCACCUCCGAUCAUAUUAGCUGUGGGAGAUCCAUUCUACAAGAUCGCCGCCGAAGCGUUGCUCGUGUUGCAGCAGCUCGUACAAGUAAUCAGACCUCAUGAUAAACCUUUUUAUCGCGGCUUCACUUCGUUGUCCAACGAAAUAUAUCACUGUACGCUGAUGAGGCUCAAAACGGCGGACAUAGACCAGGAGGUGAAGGAGAGAGCUAUCGCCUGUAUGGGACAGAUCCUCGCGCACUUCGGCGACACUCUAUCGGACAAAUUACACGUAUGCUUGCCCAUUUUCUUGGACAGGCUGCGCAAUGAGAUAACCAGGCUCACCACUGUCAAGGCUCUAACUUGCAUAGCUGCAUCUCCACUCAGAGUCGAUCUGCAACCUAUCAUGGAAGAGGCAAUACCUAUUCUUGGAUCUUUCUUAAGGAAAAAUCAACGGGCUUUGAAACUUUCCUCUCUUCCUCUCCUGGAUACACUGGUGUGCAAUUACAGUUCAGCUUUGCACCCAGAUUUACUUGAUAAGGUCACCGCGGAGCUACCCGCGCUAUUGAAUGAGUCAGAUCUGCAUAUUGCGCAGUUGACGCUAAAUCUUCUUACCACCAUUGCAAAAUUACAUCCAGCUGCUCUCACCAGGGUUUCCGAUCAUAUCUUGCCAGAAAUACUCGUCCUGGUGAAAUCACCGCUUCUUCAAGGUGUUGCAUUAAAUUCAAUGCUCGAAUUUUUCCAAGCCUUGGUACAGGCGAAUUUGCCGGGUCUCGGGUACAGAGAUCUGCUCGCAAUGCUAAUAGUACCGGUCACACAAUCCGUACUCCACAAACAGGCUUAUCACUCGCUCGCAAAGUGUGCAGCUGCACUCACAAUCACGUGGCACGAAGAGGCGCAGUGCAUCGUGCAGCAGUUACUGAAGGACGUUCAAAAUCCAUCGGACAUUCAGAAUGUCGCACAACACAUAUUCGCCCUACUGGUCAUCGGCGAGAUCGGAAGACACGUGGACCUGAGUGGAAUUAAUUCGCUGAAACACACAAUUCUAAAUUCAUUCUCGUCUCACUCGGAAGAGGUGAAAUCUGCGGCCAGUUAUACUUUGGGAAAUAUCGCGAUUGGAAAUCUCCCCGAAUAUCUGCCUUUCAUACUUCAAGAGAUUGAGGCACAGCCUAAACGGCAGUAUCUACUUUUACACUCGCUGAAGGAGAUAAUCACGAGCCAAUCGGCUAGCCCAUCUGGCGUGUCACACUUGCAGAAUUUCGUGCCUUCGAUCUGGAUGCUCUUGUACAGGCAUUGCGAAUGUACAGAAGAGGGUACCCGUAAUGUCGUGGCCGAAUGUCUCGGUAAAUUGACGUUGAUCGAUCCCGCUACUCUAUUGCCAAGAUUACAAGAAUCUCUCAAGUCGCCAUCGGCGCUCAUGAGAACAACAACGGUCACUGCGGUCAAAUUCACCAUUUCCGAUCAGCCACAACCGAUCGAUGUCAUGCUGAAACAAUGUAUGGGCAAUUUCUUAGUCGCUUUGGAGGAUCCUGAUCUCAACGUGCGAAGGGUAGCGUUAGUCGCGUUCAAUUCCGCGGCGCAUAACAAACCUAUGCUGAUAAGAGAUCUGUUGGACGUGGUGUUACCGCAUCUUUACACGGAAACUAAGAUCAAGAAAGAGCUAAUAAGGGAAGUUGAGAUGGGCCCAUUCAAGCACACAGUAGACGAUGGAUUGGAUCUUCGCAAGGCUGCAUUUGAAUGCAUGUACACUUUGCUGGAUUCGUGUCUCGACAGACUGGACGUUUUCGAGUUCCUCAAUCACGUGGAGAACGGACUCAGAGACCAUUACGAUAUUAAAAUGCUGACCUACCUAAUGACAGCACGACUCGCGCAAUUGUGUCCGACCGCGGUCUUACAAAGGUUGGAGCGACUAGUGGAGCCUUUGAAGAAUACUUGCACAAUGAAAGUAAAGGCAAACUCGGUGAAGCAAGAAUAUGAGAAGCAAGACGAAUUGAAACGCUCUGCGCUGCGAGCUGUUGCAGCGUUACUAACUAUUCCUGAUGCAGAUAAAAAUCCAUCAUUGAGCGAAUUUGUCGCGCAGAUCAAAGCCACGCCGGAACUGCAGCCGCUCUUUGAGAUAAUACAGAAGGAUUGUACUGGCAGUAAUGUGAACGAAACAAACGCGAUGGAUCAGAGCUAAAAUAGAUCAAUCUGCGUAUAAUUAUUAAAAUAAGAAAUCCUUCAUUACUCGGUUUCACGCAAGACAGAACUGACGAAGAAAAGGCUCGAGAAAGAACGACUGCAAAAGAGAGAUAGAAAUAGCCGUUCACCAGCGCCGAACGUUUAAACAUUCGUGUCAUUCGUUUAGAGUGCAAUCCAUAACUUAUACGUGUAUACACAUUCAUCAUGUUUCUCAUUUGGGUGACCCACAUAAGCAGCUCUUAAAAUAAAUUUAUUAACAUGGCUGCGCGUACUUUCUCUUUACAAAUUGUGUUACCCUUUAAUUUGUCGGCGAAAAGAGCGUUAAUUAAUAAUAUCUAACCAACAAUGAUUUGCAACAAUUUUGUAUGUGUUAUAUAAAUAUAUAUGUAUAUAUGGAUGUGUGAUUGAGAGCUAUCUCAACACACAUAAACAUAUAUAUGCAUAUACAUGAAAUAAAAAUUCAGAAACAAU